AUGAUUGAAAACAGCAUGUUUGAGGAAGAACCAGAUGUGGUGGAUUUAGCCAAAGAGCCCUGUUUACAUCCUCUGGAGCCUGAUGAGGUGGAAUACGAGCCCCGGGGUUCGCGACUGCUGGUUCGGGGUCUUGGCGAGCAUGAGCUGGACGAGGACGAAGAGGACUACGAGUCGUCUGCAAAGCUGCUGGGCAUGUCCUUCAUGAACAGGAGCUCGGGGCUCCGAAACAGCGCGGCCGGCUACCGGCAGAACUCGGAUGGGCCUUGCUCCAUGCCCUCUGCCAGGACCAUGGUGGUCUGUGCUUUCAUCAUCCUAGUUGCUGUUUCUGUAAUCAUGGUGAUUUACCUCCUGCCCAGGUGUACCUUUACCAAAGAAGGCUGCCAUAAAAAAAACCGAUCCAUGGAACUGAUUCAGCCAAUCGCAACGAAUGGAAAGUUGUUUCCGUGGGCCCAAAUCAGGCUGCCCACUGCCAUCAUGCCAGUGCGCUACGAACUGAACCUCCACCCAAACCUAACCUCGAUGACGUUCAAGGGUUCCGUGACGAUCUCGCUCCAGGCCCUUCAGGCCACGUGGAGCAUCAUUCUUCACAGCACAGGCCACAACAUUUCCAGAGUGAUCUUUAUGACUGCAGUUUCAAGCCAGGAAAAAGAAGUUGACAUCCUGGAGUACCCACUGCAUGAACAAGUUGCCAUUGUUGCCCCCGAGGCCCUGCUUGAAGGGCACAAUUACACCGUGAAGCUCGAGUACUCGGCAAACAUAUCUGCUUCUUACUACGGGUUCUACGGCAUCUCCUACACUGACGAAAGUGCUGAGAAAAAGUACUUUGCGGCAACUCAGUUUGAACCCUUGGCAGCAAGAUCUGCUUUUCCUUGUUUUGAUGAACCAGCAUUUAAAGCCACAUUUGUCAUCAGGAUCAAAAGAGAUGAGCAAUACACUGCUUUAUCAAAUAUGCCUAAGAAGUCAUCAAUCGUGAUGGAAGAUGGACUUGUUCAGGAUGAGUUUUUUGAGAGUGUGAAGAUGAGCACUUAUCUGGUUGCCUUCAUUGUGGGGGAGAUGAAGAACCUGAGUCAGGACGUAAAUGGAACCCUGGUUUCUAUAUAUGCUGUCCCAGAAAAGAUUGGUCAAGUUCACCAUGCCUUGGAAACGACUGUGAAGCUUCUUGACUUUUAUCAAAACUACUUUGAAAUUCAAUACCCACUAAAGAAAUUGGACUUGGUGGCUAUCCCUGACUUUGAAGCAGGAGCAAUGGAAAACUGGGGUUUGCUCACCUUCCGAGAAGAGACACUUCUGUAUGAUGAUAAUACUUCUUCAGUGGCAGAUAGAAAGCUGGUUACUAAAAUCAUCGCUCACGAGCUGGCCCAUCAGUGGUUUGGUAAUCUGGUAACAAUGCAGUGGUGGAAUGAUGUAUGGCUAAAUGAAGGUUUUGCUACAUUCAUGGAGUAUUUCUCUUUGGAAAAAAUAUUUGGAGAGCUCUCCAGUUAUGAAGAUUUCUUAGAUGCUCGAUUUAAAACCAUGAAAAAAGAUUCCUUGAAUUCAUCCCAUCCAAUAUCAUCAUCGUCUGUUCAGUCUUCAGAACAGAUUGAAGAAAUGUUUGAUUUUCUUUCCUAUUUUAAGGGAGCUUCCCUGUUGUUGAUGCUGAAAACUUACCUUAGUGAAGAUAUAUUUCAACAUGCCAUUAUUCUUUAUCUGCAUAAUCAUAGCUAUACAUCCAUUCACAGUGAUGACCUGUGGGAUAGUUUUAACGAGGUCACAAACAAAACACUAGAUGUAAAGAAAAUGAUGAAAACCUGGACCCUGCAGAAAGGAUUUCCUUUAGUGACUGUUCAGAGAAAAGGAAAGCAAAUUCUUGUACAACAGGAAAGAUUCUCUUUAAAUGUUAAGCCUGAAAUUCAGCCUUCAGAUGCAAGUUCUCUGUGGCAUAUUCCACUAUCCUACAUCACUGAUGGAAGAAAUUACUCCAAGCAUCGAUCAGUAUCAUUACUGGACAAGAAAUCAGGUGUCAUCAAUCUCACAGAAGAAGUGCAGUGGAUCAAGGUCAAUACAAACAUGACUGGCUAUUACAUUGUCCAUUACGCAGAUGACAACUGGGAAGCACUGAUCAAACAGCUGAAAAUAAAUCCUUAUGUGCUGAGCGACAAAGAUCGAGCCAGCCUCAUCAACAACAUCUUUGAACUUGCAGGCCUAGGCAAGGUGUCUCUUCAGAGAGCUUUCGAUCUGAUUGAUUAUCUUAGAAAUGAGACCUACACUGCACCCAUCUCUGAAGCCCUGUUCCAGACAGAACUCAUCUAUAACCUCCUUGACAAACUCGGGCACAUGGAUCUGGCCUCAAGAUUGGUGAACAAGGUAUUUAAGUUGCUUCAAAGCCAGAUCCAGCAGCAGACUUGGACUGACGAGGGCACCCCGUCCACUCGAGAGCUGCGGUCGGUCUUGCUGGACUUCGCUUGCGCCCACAGCCUGGAGAGCUGCAGCGCUGCUGCCUUGAAGCUCUUCAAUGACUGGGUGACGUCCAAUGGCACUCAGAGCCUGCCUACGGACGUCAUGACGACCGUGUUCAAGGUUGGAGCAAAAACUGAGAGCGGCUGGUCAUUCCUCUUAAGCAAAUACGUCUCUCUAGGCUCUGAAGCAGAGAAGAAUAAAAUACUCGAAGCUCUUGCCAGCUCAGAGAAUGUACGGAAGCUUUACUGGUUGAUGAAAAAGAGCCUCGAUGGAGAUCUCAUCCGAACACAGAAGCUGUCGUUCAUCAUUAGGACGGUGGCCCGGCGUUUUCCUGGACACUUGCUGGCCUGGGAUUUUGUCAAAGAGCACUGGAGUAAGCUUGUGCAGAAGUUCCAUCUGGGGUCCUAUACCAUACAAAGUAUCGUUGCUGGAUCAACUCACCAGUUUUCAACAAAGGCACAUUUAUCUGAGGUCCAGGCAUUCUUUGAAAAUCAGUCAGAGGCCACCUUUCGACUUCGCUGUGUCCAGGAGGCAUUGGAAGUCAUUGAGCUGAACAUGCAGUGGGUGGAGAAGAAUCUUAAAACCCUGACAUAUUGGCUGUAG